UUCUGCUCUAUGUAAAUGGUGGUCUAGUUGAGGGCAAGUUACUGUAAAUGUGCGACAGAGUCGGAAAUGAAUCACAAAGAAGAUGGUGGAUAUUUAACCCUUUUGACGAGUCGACCUUUAUUGGUCAUAGGACUAUGUCUGGUAUUUGUUAUCGUAUAUACCAUAGCACUGACGCUGGGGAUGGUCAUGGCUAUACGUGGCAACAAUCGCAGUUACGUCUCUGGACAACCGGACGUUGGUCAAGGUGCUGUUGUUUCGGACCACGAGACUUGCUCAGAGAUAGGCAGAGACAUGUUUAAGAAAGGCGGAUCUGCUGUGGACGCCACUAUAGCGACUUUACUUUGUUCUGGUCUCCUAUCACCUCACAGUAUGGGCAUUGGAGGAGGUAACUUCAUGGUGAUAUAUGACGCUGAGACCAAGCUUGCCCAUACAAUUAACGCUAGAGAAACAGCGCCUAAUGGCCUUACGUUGGAGCUGAACACGAAGACGGGAUCAAGGAGAAAGGCUUUAUCCAUUGGAGUUCCUGGAGAGGUUAUGGGCUACUGGGAGGCCCAUAAGAAAUAUGGACGACUUCCAUGGAAAGACCUCUUUCUUCCCGCCAUUGACUUAGCCGAGAAUGGACAUUACCUUGCAUAUACACCGAGAUUAAGUUUUGACUAUUUACUACAUGAAAACAUUGAUCUAUCUCAAGAUAAAGAAUUUUGCAAGGUAUAUUGUGACGACAGCGGUAAGAUAGCACCGGAAGGAGCCAUUAUCAAACGGCCCCGUCUCGCCCAAACCCUAAGAGGGAUCGCAGACCAUGGACCCGCCUACUUACACGAGGGGACGGUAGCGGAUGCAAUUGUGAAUGAAAUACAAUCCAAAGGCGGUGUUAUCACAAAGAAAGACCUCGCCGAAUACGUUCCUGUUGUAGAAGAAGGCAUUUCAGUAGAUCUUGGUGACGUCACAUUAUUGACAAUGGGUGCACCUAGUGGAGGGCCUGUUCUUGGUCUAAUUCUCAACAUACUACAAGGUCUAAAUUUGUCUGCUAAAUCAUUGUCCUAUCCAGAAAAAUAUGCCAAAACAUUGCAUAUGAUAAUAGAAGCCGUUAAACUGGCUUUUGGUGAAAGAUGGCAGCUUGGAGAUCCAGCUUUUGUAUCGAAUAUGAAAAAGGUUGUAGGCAAAAUGACAUCAGAGGGGUUUGCUGAUGAUCUUAGAAGCAAGUUAAACAAGUACAAGACUCAUGAUUCGUCCUAUUACACGAAUAGGUCAUUCCAGGCAUACGAUCAUGGUACUGCGCAUGUAUCUGUCUUAGCCCCGGAUGGAAGUGCUGUUGCAGUUACCAGCAGUAUUGAUUACUUUUAUGGAUCAACAAUAAUGUCAGAGUCUACUGGAAUCAUAUGGAACAAUGAAAUGACCGAUUUUUCCAAGGAUAAUCCAAGAAACCAGGUCCAACCCGGGAAACGCCCACUCUCCUCCAUGGUGCCAUCAAUAUUUGUGGACAAGUCAGGUCAUGUGAGGCUCGUGAUAGGAGGAGCCGGUGGUAUGUCAAUCACGCCAGUUGUGGCCGAGGUUUCAUCAUACGUUCUGUUCUUGGGUGAUACACUUGGGAAGGCCAUGCGACGAAAGCGAUUCUUUAAUCAGCUUGAAAAGAAUGUUUUAGUGUAUGAGAAAGGAUUUCCACAGGAUAUCCUUCGGUCUCUGGCGGAUAAUUUUGGACACGAGAUAGUACAAUAUCCUGGAAGGUAUAUGGCUGUUUUGCAGGCUAUUGAGCGACAUCCUAUCACUGGAAAAGUAACCGAAUUCCCAGAUGAACGAAAGAUAUAUUUCUAAGAUGUAAUUAUUACGUAUGUACUAUAUUAAUUAUCAUAUGCAUAUUUUUUCUGUUCCAAUCAUAUCAGUCAUUUCAUAUUUACGUUUACUACAGUUCACUACAGUAAAAACAGUUUCAUGUUUAAUUGAAUAAGUUUUCAUAUAAGAUUAGAAAUGGUUUCCCACUCGCAAAUUAACGACAAAUUUUUCCUAGAAAUAAGGUUAUAAAUGGGAAGCAUUCAAGUGUUCAAAAUGUGCAAAGAAAACUCGAUGAUGAUGAUGAUGAUGAUGAUGAUGAUGAUGAUGAUGAUGAUGAUGAUGAUGAAACAGACAUUCCUGAGCGUUUUUAACAUCAAUUAUCACAAUCUUUAUAGAGUUAUUUCUUUCCUUAAAUAGUAACAGCCCGUCUCUCUUGCUGAUGCAGUUUACUAGUAAUAGAUAUGCGAUAAGGCUUCAGUGUGUCUGAGUAUUCUUUGUAUGUGUUGAGUAGACAAAUAAAUGAUGCAUGAAAGAUGGAAAUGUGUAAUAAACCCAGGAUAAGUGUUA